CGUAGAUGUGGGAGCAGAAGCGAUUUUCCCGCCACAUCACAAAGAGAGCUGCAGUCGGCCGUCAAUGAAAGAGAGGCGUAGAUGUGGGAGCAGAAGCGAUUUUCCCGCCACAUCACAAAGCGCAUUUCGCCUUCUUCUUCUCCUCCAUCAUCUUUUGAAACUUCUGAAUGCUAAAAAAGCCCUUCUCUUCGAGCUCUUUUCUCUUGUUCGCCGCCUUCUUCUCCUUCUUCUUCUCGUCCGCCGCCUUCAGCUUCUCCUUCAGCGCAUCCACCUCCGCCGAAUCGAUGUCUUGGGCAUCGUAAAGAGCUUCGAGUGUGCUGGGCGUGUAUCUGUCGUCGAGAUCACAUCGGUCGUCGGCUUCCUGCUCGGCGUAUGUCCAGUCGCCAUCGGUGAUGUAUUUCUGCACCGCCGUGUGCAGGAAGGGCACCGUAGCCUCCGGGUAUGACAGCCCACGUCCUCUGCCGCCAUACCAGGGGCCCGGUUUGACGUCAACGCUCUUCUUGCACGCGACCUGAAGACAGACAUCGAAUCUGCUGGUGUGUGUGUGUGCGGGUGGCGUGUGUGUGUGUGUGUGUGGGUGGGUGGCGUGUGUGUGUGUGUGUGGGUGGGUGGCGUGUGUGUGUGUGUGUGUGUGCGGGUGGGGUGUGUGUGUGUGUGUGUGUGCACGCCUUCCCCCCUCCCUUGCCUGCCACUCGGGAUGCGAUCUGUUACACUUGGCGCACAUAAUCCACAAUUGAGUCGUCAAGAUCGCCAGGCUUGUCCGCAUGAGCAUCAGGGGAACAGCGACAUUCGUACACACCUGCGGCUUGUUCGUGCUGCACUUGCGUGCAUAGGACUUACACCACCAGUGCACGCGCCCCUCGUAUAUCUUCAGCUCGGGCUCGUCUUCGCAUCCCACCUCCCUCGCACAUCCACUGAAAGAAGACACACACCAGCCAUGUACUGCGGUAUGUGUUAGCGGCUUGUAAGACACACUCUGUCGGCCCCAAGUGGUCUCGGAUGCGCUUCGUGAAUGAGUCAAGGUUGUUGACAAGAUCGUUGUAGUGGAUCAUGUCCCCCGUCACUGGUCGCGCAUACAGCGCAUCCCUGAACACACUCACAGACAUGACCGACGAACGCACUCAACAAAGGUUGUGGCGAUUACUGCCACUCACCAAGACGGCUUCCCGAGCAUCGACAGACCCGCCAUGUACUUGACCUUUGCACUCGCAGGUUCGACGUAUGAGUACAU